AGAAGAAAAACACCAACCUCUCAAAUCCUCUGUCACCCAAAUGUCUUUUUUCAUCUAUUGAGCAAAAUUUUCGUUUCCGCAAUUUCCAAUUUCCGUAUAAAUUCAUGUGAAAAGUAUGCCUGGGAAGAAGAGAAUGAAGUGUGAUGGAAAGUAGGCGGGCGCCGAGCAGCAGGUUGAUAUCUGAGGAACAGCUGCGGGCGGUAGACUACGAGGUGGAGGCCGGCGCCUCACGUGACUCGCUCAGUGUGGAAAUAUUUCAAAAGUUUGGAAAAGUCCUCAUAUCAAUACAGCCGCGCCCAUCGGCGGUAAAAUCUUUAUACCUUGCUGAGAAAAGUCGACUAACAUCAAGAAAGGGAUCCCGAUUGGGCAUUGGGGAUCACAAUUCGGAAUACACUUUGUGCAGUAAUGCUUGUUCAUCGGAUUUCCUGACAUCAAGUGCGUCGCUGUUGAGUGUGGCUCCUCGCUCGUCGCUCCACGUCUCGCCCCCGACUGACAACCAUUACUUCCGGAAUAAUAGACCACAUGAAAAAUGCUUCGUCUAUACGCAGUUUCAAACAACUAUGAACCCAUGCAGUGUUGAUACGCAGACGAAGCCGCCGACACCGACCCGAACAAAUAAAAGCGACCGCGUUUCGAGUACGCUGAUAAUAAUCUCCGAAACAUCUUCCGAUACUAUCAGACCCAAGAAUCAUGAUCUCGAUUUCAGCCACUUCAACUAUCGCCUAGAUAAGCUGGAGAGGAAAGUGAUGAGGCAAGAGAUGGUGGUGCGCAGCCUGAGCCCCGCGCGGUCGCCGCCCUCAAGCGAGGCGAGCGCGCGGCCGGCGGAGCCCCGGCCCGGCUGCAGCUACGUGCAGCAGUACUCGCACGUGCCCCCCGCGCCCCCGCUCACCCCCGCGCACGCCAGCACCAUCGACCGCGGCCACAGCUCGGAGCAGUACGGGCGCGAGUUCACCACGUACGACGGGCUGACGGCGCGCGCGCGGCGCCACUCCGCCUCCGUGCCCGUGAAGCACGCCGAGGUGCGCUCCGUGGCCGCCGAGCGCGUGCACAAGAUCCGCCAGAAGCUGAACCCCGUGCGCGACUACCGGCUCAUGGACACCGUGCACUACCUGGCGCAGGGCGAGUUCGCGCCGCGCGACGACGGCAUCAAGCUGACGCCGUCGCGCGAGGCCGUGCUCAGCGACAUCAUCUGGGAGGACGUGUGCCGCACGCACUGGCCCAGCACGCGCCUGAGCCGCCGCGGCGACCGCCCCCCGCGCGCCGACCUGCAGCGCCAGAUCGACGGGCUGCUGCGCGAGCGCAUCGCGCACGUGGAGCGCCGCCGCCGCCGCCACUACCGCAUCAUCAAGCUCAACCACCGCCACGAGAGCUGCCGCCCGCUCGGCAAGACCGGCGACAUCAUCGUGGCCAACAAGCACCACGACGACGGCUGGCGGCGCCGCCGCGACACGCCUAGAGGGCACCGCGGGGACUCCUCCAACGCAAAUAAAAAUAGCACCAUUUGCAUGCAGUUCCCGGAGCUGCAGAGGAACGCGUACAGGGUGGAGGAGUCCUCCCCGGGGCCCAGCUACGGCGUGUCCGGGGCGCCGCAGCACAGGGAGGCGACGUGUUGCUUCCACACGAGCGCCGCGCCCGCACCCUCGCUCAACCGCCCGGCCGCACCCGCCGCCGAGCCCGGCCUCGCCCGGGACAAAACGAAAUCCAAAACGGCCCGAUUGGUAGUAAAGAAGGAUCCGCCACGAAAAUACUCAAAAGAAGAACCGAACCUUGAGCAAUUCAUCCUCUUGCCAACACUGGUGGCCAGAACUCCUUCGAACCUGAAGAGGCAAAAGAAAUUCAACGCCUUAUACCAUCGCAUCUUGAACUCUCAUCUGCAGAACUGUGCAGAGAGCGACCGCCGGCCGGGCUCCGGCGCCCUGGGGCCGAGCCCCAGCAAACACGAUCUGAGCAAGAAGGAUAUUGGCUUCAACAUACACAUGGCAAGCAGCAAUGAAAAUUAAAUGUAAUAAAAUAUUAGUCGUAAUUUCUUUAAAAUUAUGUCAGUUUUUAGUGUCAGGAGAUAAAUAU